AGCGGGCCAGCCAGCGGGAGAAGGGGCGGGAGUGGAUUUCGUGGCCCCUUCCUUUGCUCCAUCCCGGGGAACCCGCUGCUUAAAAGGUCUGCCAAGCGAGUGCCAGGACCGGACGGGAGCCCCACAGCGUCAACCACACGCUGUCUUUACGGCUUCUGCGGUCGCGCUUGCCGCCUUUUGCACAAUGCACUUGCUGGGAUUAUUCUCUUUGGGUUACUAUCUGGCUGCUGCUGCUGUCGUGCUGUUACUCGCUCGCGAGCCUGCGAUAGCCGCUGCCUACGAAUCCGGGCAGGGCUACUAUGAGGAGGAGCCCGAUUUGGGGGAGGCAAAGCAGAAUUAUGCAAAUAAAGAGUUGGAAGAGCAGUUGCGGUCAGUAUCAAGUGUGGAUGAACUCAUGACUGUGCUUUAUCCAGAAUAUUGGAAAAUGUUCAAAUGCCAGCUGAGGAAAGGGGGUUGGCCACACAGGGAGCAAUCCAACUUUGAUGGAAGAACAGGGGAUUCAAAUCCAAUAAAAUUUGCUGCAGCACAUUAUAAUACAGAGAUCUUAAAAAGUAUUGAUAAUGAGUGGAGAAAAACUCAAUGCAUGCCACGUGAGGUAUGUGUAGAUGUGGGAAAAGAAUCUGGAGCAACAACAAACAUCUUCUUUAAACCUCCAUGUGUGUCCGUCUACAGAUGUGGAGGUUGCUGCAAUAGUGAAGGGCUGCAGUGUAUGAAUAUCAGUGCAAGUUACGUCAGCAAAACGUUGUUCGAAAUAACUGUGCCCCUCUCUCAUGGUCCCAAACCUGUAACAAUCAGUUUUGCCAAUCAUACUUCCUGCCGAUGCAUGUCCAAACUAGAUGUCUACAGACAAGUUCAUUCAAUUAUUCGACGCUCCUUGCCAGUGAUACAAGCACAGUGUCAAAUAACAAAUAAAACAUGUCCAAAAAGUCUUAUUUGGAAUAAUCAUUUAUGCAGAUGUCUGGCACAACAUGACUUCAGUUUCUCCUCCUAUCCACCAGAUACUGAUACUGCUGAAGGAUACCAUGAUAUCUGUGGGUCUAACAAGGAACUUGAUGAAGAAACCUGUCAGUGUGUCUGCAAAGGAGGAGUGACACCUUCUAGCUGUGGAAUUCAUAAAGAACUAGACAGAACAUCAUGUCAAUGUACAUGUAAAAAUAAACUGCUUCCUAGCUCUUGUGGACUGAACAAAGAGUUUGAUGAAGAAAAGUGCCAAUGUGUGUGUAAAAGAACAUGCCCUAAACACCAGCCAUUAAAUCCUACAAAAUGUAUUUGUGAAUGUGUAGAAUCACCAAACAAAUGCUUCUUGAAAGGAGAAAGAUUUCAUCACCAAACAUGCAGUUGCUACAGACGACCAUGUACAGUUCGAAAGAAACGCUGUGAUUCUGGAUUCUAUUAUAGUGAAGAAGUUUGUCGCUGUGUACCCACAUACUGGAAACUACCACUUAUCAAUUAGAAAAGACAGUUCAUCUGAUGUACAUUUUUUCCUGUUUCUACUUUUUAAAAUACUGGACUGCUAACGUAUGGAUUUACAAUGCAGAAGAGACGUAACGUUAUUGGAAACAGACACAUUUUUACUCUGAGACACAUGGGAAGUAAUUUUUUUUUUAAAAAACUGGGAUUUUCUUCAUGGAGAUUAUAAUUUGUCAUUGAUGAAGCAGACUAAAUUUUCUUCAUUGUGAUUUUUUUAAAAAAGAUAAUGAUUACAUAAUUUAUUUUCUUUUAAAGAUACUGUAUGCAAUCCUUUUUUAUACCAGAAACAAUUUUUAAAUUUCACUGUGAUCAAUAUUUUUAUAUCUUGCAAAACAUGUU